CUUCUGUGUGCCAAGUCAGGCUCUGCCCAGGAACUGUACUUUGGGACCCCUGCUCAAUUCCUGGUAGGAAGUCUGCUCCCUUCCCCGGCUGUGUAGCCCAGGGCCCACUCUGUUCAUGCCUGUGCCCUGGAAUACAGCAGGCGCGCCAACAAGUCCUCAGCGAAUGCUGGAGUCCAGUGAAUGCAGGCAUCAGUUCUGCCGUGUCCUCUGCCACUCAAGUCCCUCGCUGAUGGGACAGGACCCGGACCGCUGUCCAGCGAACCACGCGCACUGCAGUGCGCCUGCGUAGGCACGCCCCUCCCAGGCUCCCGACGCGUUGCCCAGGCACGCGCAGGCGUGUUCACCCCAACGCCACACGCCUCUCCCGCGCGCCGGCGCCACGCUCUGGGCCGUGCUUGCGCCUGCGCGUUCUCUCCGGCCGUGGGCCCGGCCGGCGCCUGCGCGGUGGCUCCCGAGAGUGGGGGGGGCCAGGAGGUGGAGGAGGAGUAGGAGUAGGAGGAGGCGGCGAGAAGAUGGCGACUUCGAACAAUCCGCGGAAAUUUAGCGAGAAGAUCGCACUGCACAACCAGAAGCAGGCGGAGGAGACGGCGGCCUUCGAGGAGGUCAUGAAGGACCUGAGCCUGACGCGGGCCGCGCGGCUUCAGCUGCAGAAGUCCCAGUACCUGCAGCUGGGCCCCAGCCGUGGCCAGUACUACGGUGGGUCCCUGCCCAACGUGAACCAGAUUGGAAGCAGCAGCGUGGACCUGGCCUUCCAGACCCCAUUUCAGUCCUCAGGCCUGGACACGAGUCGGACCACACGACAUCAUGGGCUUGUGGACAGAGUAUAUCGUGAGCGUGGCAGACUUGGCUCCCCGCACCGUCGACCCCUGUCAGUAGACAAGCAUGGGCGACAGGCUGACAGCUGCCCCUAUGGCACCGUGUACCUCUCGCCUCCUGCGGACACCAGCUGGAGGAGGACCAACUCUGACUCUGCCCUGCACCAGAGCACAAUGACACCCAGCCAGGCAGAGUCCUUCACAGGCGGGUCCCAGGAUGCGCACCAGAAGAGAGUCUUACUGCUAACUGUCCCAGGAAUGGAGGACACCGGGGCUGAGACAGACAAGACCCUUUCUAAGCAGUCAUGGGACUCAAAGAAGGCGGGUUCCAGGCCCAAGUCCUGUGAGGUCCCCGGAAUCAAUUGUCCUGGGUUGGCAGGGCUGGCCUGCUUGUCACUGUCCCCAGACCUUAUGUCCUGUCCUCCCCAUCUGGUCUUUCCCAGCAUCUUUCCGUCUGCAGACCAGGAGAACACAACAGCCCUGAUCCCUGCCACCCACAACACAGGGGGCUCCCUUCCUGACCUCACCAACAUCCACUUCCCCUCCCCACUCCCGACACCACUGGACCCUGAGGAGCCUCCGUUCCCUGCUCUCACCAGCUCCAGCAGCACCGGCAGCCUUGCACAUCUGGGCGUUGGCGGCGCAGGCCAGGGUAUGAACACCCCCAGCUCUUCUCCACAGCACCGGCCAGCAGUCGUCAGCCCCCUGUCCCUGAGCACAGAGGCCAGGCGGCAGCAGGCCCAGCAGGUGUCACCCACCCUGUCUCCGUUGUCACCCAUCACUCAGGCCGUGGCUAUGGAUGCCCUGUCCUUGGAGCAGCAGCUGCCCUAUGCCUUCUUCACCCAGACUGGCUCCCAGCAGCCUCCCCCACAGCCCCAGCCACCGCCUCCACCUCCACCGGUAUCCCAGCAGCAGCCACCACCUCCACAGGUGUCUGUGGGCCUCCCCCAGGGUGGUCCACUGCUGCCCAGUGCCAGCCUGACUCGGGGGCCCCAGCUGCCACCACUCUCAGUUACUGUACCAUCCACUCUUCCCCAGUCCCCUACAGAGAACCCAGGCCAGUCACCAAUGGGGAUCGAUGCCACUUCGGCACCAGCUCUGCAGUACCGCACGAGUGCAGGGUCACCUGCCACCCAGUCUCCCACCUCUCCGGUCUCCAACCAAGGCUUCUCCCCUGGAAGCUCCCCACAGCUGGAGCAGUUCAACAUGAUGGAGAACGCCAUCAGCUCCAGCAGCCUAUACAACCCGGGCUCCACACUCAACUAUUCCCAGGCUGCCAUGAUGGGUCUGAGCGGGAGCCACGGGGGCCUACAGGACCCGCAGCAGCUCGGCUACACAGGCCACGGUGGAAUCCCCAACAUCAUCCUCACGGUGACAGGAGAGUCACCACCGAGCCUCUCUAAGGAACUGAGCAGCACACUGGCAGGAGUCAGUGAUGUCAGCUUUGAUUCAGACCAUCAGUUUCCACUGGACGAGCUGAAGAUUGACCCUCUGACCCUGGACGGACUCCAUAUGUUGAAUGACCCAGACAUGGUUUUAGCCGACCCAGCCACCGAGGACACCUUCCGAAUGGACCGCCUGUGAGUGGCUGUGCCCACCAGCCGCCGCUGGUCAGUCUCCAACGGCGCUGCCCCAAACCUGGGGACGGCAAUGGCGUCCCCCUUUGCCAACGGCCAAGCUUGUGGUUCUGAGCUUGCAAUGCUGCCCAGUGCCCCUGCCAGCCCCCCGCCACCCCGGUCGUUCACCUCCCAUGAUGCCUGGCGUGUGUGAGGCCGCUGUGUACUAGGCUGGCUAUCUGUCUGUCCAUCCAUCUACCUGGGGUCAGGCUGAUGGCCGAGGCUGUGAGUGCCUGGCCCCCAUGGAUGUUCCCCGUGCUCGCUCCCUCACCCCUCACUGGGGAUGUGAGAGCCCUCAUCAGAUACCCAAAGUGUCACUCACUUCCAGAUGUGCUGUGCAAGGAGGGCCGGGGCGUGGGUGUGGAGCGCCCAGAGGCUUAGGUGCGCCAUCCAUUCGACUGUUGUCAGCUGUCACUGCCUUCCUCCAUCCUGCCCCCCUCCCCACCGCCAUCCCCAGCCCUGGUCAGGUCAUGCAUGCCCACCGAGCCCAGGGCAAAGACAGCAGAGUGACGGGGCCGACCUGGACCAGAAUAAACACUGUUUGGAUGGCUGCCUUUUAUAUUCCUGAGCGCUCUUGCAGCGUGACAAUCGACCUAUGGCCGAAUGUGGUAUGGACAGAGCCACUGAAGCAGCCAGUGCCCCUCCUUGGCUCAUUCUCACCAUCCUUGCCCCCUGUUGGACAAAGGUCAGUAUGGUGGCACUGGGAUGGAGGGUCACGGGCCACCUGCACAUUCUCCUCACUCUUCCAGCCUCGUGACCUGUCCCUCCUGCUGUUUAGGAUCUGGGGCUCGGGAGGCAGCAGCCCUGGUGGUUCUGCUUUUCCUUCCGUUUCUGUUGGCAUUUGGUAGCUGACCCCCCCCCCCCAGACUUGCCUGGCAGCAUGUGUUAACUAUCCCCCAGUCCCUCCUUUACCUUUUUAAAAGUUAACUGGAAUACUAGCCUGGAGCACUUGCAAGCUGGGGCACCUGGGCUGCUCACCCUGGACCUGGGCGUACUGGCAUUUAGUCUCAACUCCAGAGAGCUGGGUGGGCAAGGAUGGGGCUGGAUGCAGGGUCCUGGUGGCUGGGCGUGUCUGUAGAACCGCAGAACAUAUCCUGGGAACAGCCUUUACUUUCACUGGAGCCUCCUGAGAACCCUCUCUCUCUGAGGAUCUUUAAGGCGUCUGCCAGGCCUUAGCAGUGGCUAAGUGGGGGCUGUGGACCGGGGUCACCUUUGGCCUGGAAGUUCUGAUCCCCACCACCCUAGGUCAUAGCUUGACAUGCCCUCUGCCUCUGCUCCGUAGGCCCGGGCCGCGGCUUCACUGUUUCUCUGUGCCGUUGCCCACUGCCCAUGCUGGGGGUUUGGGGAGCACACAAGCUGUGUGUGUCUCUCCCCAAGCACCUAGGCAGCCGCCUGCAUGAGAAAGCUGCCACCCUUUCAUUGCUAUUCCCCUUCCCCUGGGUCUGAAGACACAGCAUUGCUUUGUCCAAGUCACCUGUCCAGGUCUCAGGCCUUUCUGUCACCACGGUGCGGACUUGAAGGGAAUAGUGGGAACUUUAUCAUCACCAUCACCAUCAUCAUCAAACGUAUGUGGUGGCACGCGUCUGUCACCCCAGCACUGGCGAGCUGGAAAGCACACAGAAGUGGGGUGGGACUCUCUUCCAGCUGUAGAAGUCUGAGCAAACGGCCUCAACAGGGCCGAGAGGCUGACAGGGUACCUGGAGUCCAGUUACUCACUGGCUGUCUGAGUUCUCAGUGAGCCAGGGCAGGACAGAUACAGCCCAUGGCCCUCCUAAGCUGGUGGCCUGGCUUUCAGUGCCCUGAAGCCAAGAGUGCAUGUAGCUGUAUUAAUGUGACCAGUUCAUUGCCAAGUCCUAUGAUGAGGUGACACGUCCCUGCCUCAGCGCCCCAGGCAGCUGUGAGCAUCUCAUGAGCUCUCUGGCCCAGCCAGGAGCCAGCACUCGGGUGCAUGCAUGUUCCCAAAGGGGUCACCCUCCCCUCCCCUGGGCCUAGCUGCUGUCAGGGGGACUCCUGGGAGGUGUCUUUGUUUUCUAGAUAUAGGUCACCUGUCCGAUAAUACCCCUGUAUUGCCAAGACAUCCCAAGAUGAUAGCUCAAGGCCGUGGGGGCCUCAGCUGGUGACAUGCAGAUACUGUGACCCAUUGAACUGUGCUGGGAGCAGCCACCUUGCAAUGUGUACAUAGACCCUCUGCCCACAUUCAUGCUCUCUCAGGACAGGCUUAGACACCUGGCCCUUGAGAGGUCAGAUGCGUGAGCCAGGCCUGGUUUUUUCCCCUCCACCUUACCCAUGUGUCACCAGCUUCAGCCAAGCCCCUCCUCAGCCAUGUGGCUGUCCAGCCCACUUCCCUGACUCAGAAACAGGACUGGGGCAUCUUGAUAACUCUAUGCCCAGCUGCCUCAGUUAACCUUGGCAAUCUACCCAAAGCCCCACAGAACAACAAUGCAGCUGGACCCAGCCCCUUUCUAUAUCCUAAGAAAUGGCUUGUCCCCUUGACCCAAGGCCCUGUCAUAUCCCCUUCCUGCAACACUAUCCAGUGUGGCUCUGGGAAGUCCACUGGUACUUAGCCUAGCCUUCAACUCUUUGGAAGACUCUUACACAGGGGGGCCCCCUAGUGAAACCCAUGUGCUACUGCACAGCACCCAAGGAUGGCUGACAGCUAUCACACUGGGCUUGAUGUCAAGAGUCCUGGCACUCCGGUCAGGACAAGAACGGGCAAAAGGCAUGGGGACAGCAAACCUGCACCAGUGUCAGCUGCCGUUCUUCUCACAGUGGGCCUGGGGUUUUUUAUUUUGCAGAGAUUUAGCACAGGUUGAGAGGGCUGCUGGUAUCAGGGUCUUGAUGCAGCUGUGUGCACAGGCAUGGGGUUGUAGAGUUGUGCCCUAGGUCUGGCUGCUGUCCCUCAGAGCUGUCCAGGUGAGGACACCGUGGCGCAGUCUACCCCAUGUGGUCUGCCUCUGGUGUGGUGGUACCUGGUCCUUUUUAUACCCCUUCCACCUUGGCUCCCAGGGGGCCUCUUCCUUCAGGGAUCUGGUGGGUGAUUUGGCGACCCUGAUCAUUUCUGUCUCAGGCAUGGCCCUCAGUGUGGCACAAAUGCCUGCCACCCAUUGGUCAUAGCCACAUCUCCCUGUCAGGGCAGAAGAUGGAGGGACUUGUAUCCUCUCGAGCCUGGGUGCUGGGGUACUCCCAAGGCCAUGGGGUGCCCUGAACCUCAGUUUUCCUCUUUCUCAACCCUGCUGGGCUCAGGGGCCCAACCUCCUGGUCAGGGUAGGGAUAGCAGCAGAACCCCCACAAUGGGACCAGCAGUCCCUUCUGCACUCAGCCUUUCCUUGGGGCUAGGGAUCCAUCACAUGGGGUAAGGCCUAGCCUAAUCCAACCCAGCACUUCUGGUCACAGGGGGACAUGAGGACAGGGCUGUGGCCAUAACUCCAGAGGCCAGGCUCCUGUUUCUCAGGCCCCAUCUCACCCCUUAGUUGGAAAAAGGACGCCAUGGGCUGGGGUGCCCCUUUGAUAUAUGCAAAUGGCUGGUUCCACAUUCCCCUCCCCGUGCCCAGGCUGGCUCUGCCCCCGGCAUGCGCACUCCGCUGCGGAUGUCUGUGGAUCGUGCGCAUGGGCACCGCAGUUGGGGGUCAGGUUGCUCAGGGCACGCACGGCCGCCCGCCCCACCUUCUGGCGCAGACGCUUCUUUGUAUUUUUGCGCCCUUUGUAAUGAAAUGUAAUAAAAACCCAAUGUUUUCGUCUGG